CUGAUAUCUCAGAAAAUAUCAAUCAGACAUCCGUUUUUACCUUCUUCGAGCCAAGUUUCAGUACUCUGAAUAAGUCUAGCAGGAUAUCAUCAAGUCAGAGAGCCAGUCUUUGUUUAAACGAGACGAACAGCAACAGUUUACAUAAUGAUUCUUCCAAAAGCUAUAGCCGCCCGGGCAUGGACGCCUUUCUUUCUUGGGUCCGGAAUUGCCUUCUUUACUGCCUUAGCAGGUGUCGGUACGAAACUUGCUAGUGCAUCUUGCUCAUCUGCCAUGUGGCUAGCAUUGUUUGGUGUACCAGCAGCCACGGGUCCCGUUAGUGCUUGUAUCGCCGCUGGUGCGCUCGCAGGUAUGUAUAUCACAGAAUUAAAUUUCUUCACCAGAUGAUACUGACCCACAAAUUUAUAGUGCUGUCAUCGUCUGUUGCGGCCGGACUUGCAGCAUAUGGAUACUCGGCUGGUUGGACAUUUGAGGGUGACGGUGCCUCCAUCGGCAAACGUGCCUCCUACGCCAGGAUCAUCAAUCCCAAGUUCGGAACUGCCCAUGUUUUUGAUGCUGAUAACACCUUGGCUCUGAACUUAACAUAUGGUGGAAUGCUCGACAGUCACAACACGACUCUCGUCGCAGUAACCUGGAUCGAAACUUUGGAAGGUGCCAACUACACCAAUUCGCCUUUGCUUGGUUUGAAUAUGACGCAGGGUAGACUGGUCACGCUCAAUGACAACGGUAUCAUCCGGACGGCGGUUGGAGGAGUAGAAAUGCUGCCUAGAAUACUCGAUGGGUUUGCUGAUUUCAAGAACAACGUUACUCGUGUCCAGAAGCGCCAAUCGGAGGAAGUUGAUUGGUUGUCGUUCAAUACGUAUGGAGAAAACAUGCAGGAGGGUGGAAUGUAUACGGAGGCACUCGAUGAGGAUGCCAAUGCUUCGAAAACCAGUGCAGACUAUGGAGUCGACGGAUGGUCAGAAAGUUACGAUUUUUACGCUUCAAGUAUGUGCUUGGCUGCUAGUCCACCGAAUGACGGCCAGGGCGUCGAUUCAAUUAUCGUCGGUGAAGUUUAUAUGAAUGCCUAUGGAGGUAUUGACACGAUUUGUCAGUCUGGCUAGAUAUGUGUUGUGGUAAUUGUUGGAGUUUGAAGGGAAAAGAGAGACGGCUCCUUGGAUAAAGUCUUCAAGCUCGAGCCCAUAUCUUCAAUUCUUCUGUUUUACACUCGCAGCCAACAGCGUCAAUUCAGGGGGGGCUCGCUUCCUUCCUUGGCGUGCCGAGAAGCAUCGAUAUCAGUCGCUUUGCAGCUGGUUGUUGGACUAGCCAUAGAUAUUUGAUGUAUAUACGUAAAUGAGCCUUCAUAGCCAAUGAUCAAAGAUUACUCAUU